CUUUUAUCCUCUUGUUGCUUAAUAUACUAUUCUUUAGAAUUGAGGUGGAAAAAAUAUCUGAUUGGAAAGUUGAUGAUAUGAGUACUCCAUUAUUAAUGGGACUUUUAAAAAAGGAAUUUGACAUAUCUAUGACACCAGAUGCCGUGACUUUAAGAACACUCAAUUUUGCUUUACCUUGCACAACUCCAUGGCCUUUCAGAUCUUGCUUCAUCUUUCGAAACCCUGAUUCAAAGGAAAUUAAAGUAAACCAAUUCUUUCGACCAUUUUCACUGCAGUGUUGGGUUUUUUCAUUACUUUUAACUAUUCUUUGUACUAUUGCAAUUGCUAUAUUCUUAAAGAAACAGGAUUACAAAAACACUGUGGAACAUUAUUCAAUUUCUAUUCUUUUAACUUUUGGAGCUGUUUGUCAACAAGGGUCUGCUGUUUGUCCAGAUAAUUUAAAUGGAAGGAUAGGUUUUUUUGCAAUUAUGAUAUUCAGCUUACUAAUUUUUAACUAUUAUUCAGCCAGCAUAGUAUCAGUCCGUUUAAAUGAACAAAUAUUAAAAAUGAAUGAUUCUUUAUACUCACUCGCUAAAAGUGAUUUAAAAGUUGCCACUGAACCUCUUACGUAUUUUAAUUCAUUUAUUCACAAAAAAGAGUGGGAAAAUAAAAUUUUUUACGAAAUGAAAUGGUUAAAUACGCCAGAAUCCGAAAAAUAUUUAUCACCUGAUGAGGGAAUUAAAAAAGUCUUGGAAGGAAGUUUAGCCUAUCAUACUGAUACUGAAAAUGGAUAUCCGCUAAUUGAAAAAAUUUUUGAUAAUAAAGAAAUUUGUGACUUGACAGAAAUUCAUCUAAUAACACCUACAGAUUUUACUCUAAAUGUUAAAAAAUAUAGUCCAUUUUAUGAAAUUGCUAAAAUUGGGAUGGCAAAGCUUUAUGAUAUGGGGAUUCGUCAGCGUCAAUUUAAAAGGUGGUCUGCCAGAAAACCUCUUUGUCGUACAGAAAUUUUAGGUCUUAAGAGUAUUACUGUAUAUGAGACGGGUGCUGUUGUAGUUAUGUUAUUGUUGGGCAUCAUGUUAGGAUUUGCAAUAUAUAUAAUGGAAAAUGUUAUUUUUCAUUUUGAAAAUCUAUUGAUAAUUAUAUUAUUUAUUACAAAUAAGUGUUCACAAGCAGUGAAAAAUAUAUUUUGUUCAAUAAAAGCAGAGAAGAAAGAGUCGUAAACAAUAAUAUACUCAAUCAAAAUUAUAAAUAUUUAGAAGGCUACUCAAUUUUAAUAUGUACACUAAAGAUAUGAUUAUCAAGAGGCGCAUGCCCCCACAGCACCGAAACUUUCCUAAAAAUUUAUUAAAUAUUUACUUGCAAUAUUCGUCAUAUUUAACUGAAAAGUUUAGUGAAAAUUGUGUAAAGAUUUAAAUGUCCCGAUUAAUAAU